UCAACGAGUGACCGAAAUGGAGGCCAGUUCAAAUCCCACCACUCCCACGACGGCGGUGGCCACCACCACAUCCACAUCAAGUCCAUCGUCAGCUGCGAGCACCAGCAGCAAAGGACACAGUCAAGCCGCCUCCAGUUGUUCCGCAUCCGCAUCUGUAUCCGCAUCUGCAUCCGCAUCUGCCACACAGUCACAACUGCUGACCACCAGCUUGGAAAUGGCCAAAGCGGAGGAUCUGUACAAUCUGUCCCUGGCCAGUGGAUUAUCCGAGGGCCAGAGAUCGCUUUCAGGUGCUCCCUCGGCCUCCUCCAGUCCCAUCAUGAGUCCGCAGGGCAAGAUCUUCGGACGGAAUGCGAAUGGAACAAUGAUCACCACAUCGCGACCGGGCAACGAGGCGGAGGUGCAGCUGUACCGGGUACUCCAGCGGGCCAGUCUGCUGGCCUACUACGACACACUCCUCGAGAUGGGCGGCGACGAUGUGCAGCAGCUGUACGACGCCGGCGAGGAGGAGUUCCUCGAGAUCAUGGCCCUGGUGGGCAUGGCCUCCAAGCCGCUCCACGUCCGCCGCCUGCAGAAGGCGCUGCACGAGUGGGCCAACAAUCCGGGCCUCUUCCAGGGUCCCCUGCUGCCACACUUGGGUCUUUGUGAAACGCCACCAAAACCCGCGUUGGUCUUCAAUCCGGACACCACUCCAGCUCUGCCCCGGCAGAAGUUUCCCUCGUUCAAUCCCUCCGGCUCCAGCUUCCAGCCCUCGCCGGUUCCGCCAGCUCCCCUGCCCACUUCCGGUUCCGUUCCAGCCUCCACAGCGCCUUUGAUUACCCAGAUCAGUUGUCCCUCCGCGUUGCCCUCGGUGCCCAUGCCCCUGGUCCUGCCCUCCACCCCGCUGACCAGCAGCCCCCAUCCCUCGGGCAACAGUUGCCUCCCAGCGAGCACCGCCGCCCACCAGGUGUCCUCCAGUUCGCCCCAGCUCACACCUGUUCUCACCGAGAUGCAGAUCCAGAGGAUAACGAUGUGCGCGGACAAGAUCGGUAGGCAGCUGCCGCAGCGGGAACCGCGUGCCCAGACCACCAGGAAGCGGACCACCAGGGAACUGGAGCAGGUGAUUGCCAUGGGAGAGCAGGAUCCGCGGCGCAUGGACGAGAUCCGUAAGUACUCGGCCAUCUACGGGCGGUUCGAUUGCAAGAGGCGGCCGGAGAAGCCUCUCACUCUGCACGAGGUGUGCGUCAAUGAGGCGGCGGCGCAGCUGUGCCGGAAUCCCCAGACCAUCUGGCUGCUCACCCGCCGCGACGAGCUCUUCCCCCUCGCCCGCCAGAUCGUCAAGGACGCCGGAUUCGGCCAUUCCGCCAGCAUUGCCCGGUACGGUGGUCUGCUCACCCAGCUUCCCUCGCAGGGAGCGGGAUUGGGCGGAGGACGGGGUCCCGGGGAGACGGACUGCGAGUCCAGUGAUGCCGCCGCUGUGCCGCCCAAGCGGCAGCGACUCUCCUCCACGGAGGCCGCCCAGCUGCCACUGGACUUGAACAGGGAAGCUGUGGAGGACUCGCGAUACAAUCUGUUUGCCAUGUACCAAAAGUUCGCCAAGCCGCCGUUUGAUCUUACGGAAAUUGCCAAGUUCUCACUUGGCAAGGCGGCUGAUUAUGAGGACAAUGACUCGCGCUUCUCGUUCAGCAACUCCAGUUCGCCGACCAUGCCAACGCCCUGCAAUGGAAUGGAAAGUGAGCGAUCGCCCAGUUCGCUCCACAUGGAGGCCUCCUCGCCGCCCCGGGAAUCCGUGGACUUGAGUGCUGCCUCCUCCAAUCCGGCUCUCAGUGGAGUUCAGGUCAUAUCCGCGGCGGGGGACAACAUCAUUGCGGUGGCCAAUCCCGCCCUGGCACUCAGUCCCACUUUGAAUGAAGUGCUGUCCCUCAAGAGGAACGCCGCUUCACCGGAGGCCUAGCUGGAGAGGAUCGGCGGAUGGACGCCAUUCGUAGUGCCAGAUUGGGAAACACACACACCCAAAUCGUUUUAAUUCCAGUGCAAUUCAAUUAGCUUAGAUUCGUCUAAGUGAACUUUGUUUUUAGGAGCCUUAAGUCAAUUAGUUCGUAGUCUCUGUGAUCUAUACUAAACACUGUAAUAAAAUCAUUAUUUAUCCAUCAAUAAAAAGUUAGAAUAAUGUUAACAACAAAAUUCAA